AUGCCACGGAGUAUUCCUGAUAGGUGGAUACCAUAUAAGGCAUGUGGAAAGGUUAUUGAAGGGACAAGAUUCAUAUGUUUCAAAUUUUCUUUGUUACAGACGGUACAGAAGGGGUUUGAUGAAAUAUGGGAUAUCAGUACUCUUCUGGAAACAAUACCGAAUUUGAGCGCCGUUAUCGACUUGACUAAUACAAAUAGAUAUUACAAUCCGUCGGAAUUCCGGAAGGCUGGUGUUCUUCAUAAGAAGAUAUAUAUGCCGGGUCGCAUAAUACCUCCAGAAGAAAUAGUACAAGAAUUUAUGGACACAGUCGACGAGUUCUUGGGAAAAGAUUGCGUGGCCAUUCGAGUAAAGAGAGCUCGGCUCGGCACAUCGACCACAGAAAGCCUGAUCGGUGUACAUUGCACGCACGGUUUGAACCGUACUGGCUACAUGGUGUGCAGAUACAUGCGCGAUAAAUUGGGUGUCAACGCAAAAGAUGCUAUUCACAAGUUCGAAAUCGCUCGUGGCUACAAAAUUGAGAGAGAUAAUUAUAUAGCGCACUUAAUGGGAAAUAAACCACCACCUCCGGAUUUAGGGGUGUCAACAAAUAUAUCAGCCGUAUUACCAUCAGAUCAUAAUAAUGACCAAAAUAGUAGUAGUAGCAAAAUUAAUAGGAAUGCCAAAUCGUGGCGAGAUGAAUACUUAGGGGAUAAAGAAGAUGGUUACGAAACUGGGAGAUACGUCAGAAAUCCUAAUUAUCGUUCAUCAAACAAACGUCGAGAAAGAAGUAGAAGCAGAACCAGAAGCAAUCGAGAAAACUAUUCGAGAUCGAACAGAAAUUAUCGAACCGACAGGGACUGUCCUGAUUCUGAUAGAUCAUACGAUUAUAGACAUGAUUAUUGA